GACCUCGGGAUCGCCUCGCUGCUCCGUCAUUCGUGCAUGAUGCGUUUCGCCAAACAAAGUUCCCAUCGUGUUCGACAAUGGCCGAAGAUUCCCAUAGCCAACGAUUCCCCAGACCGGCCCAGGCACAGCCCUGCUUGUUCGAGCGACGACCGGGGCUGCGCAAAGCUCCAACCCAGCUGGUCCAGGAGCACAGGGGUUAGACACGGGUUGCCCGGUUGCCAGACCCGGCCCAAGCUCCCAUCCCAAACAAAACAGUCGCCGCAGCUAUCAAGUACGCAGGAAAAAAAAAAGAAGCGAAUUUGCGCAUCGCAAACACUCUCCAACCGACAACUCGUGCCCUUUUUUGCGACUCCGUCUGCCCUCCCAGUUCUCCGUCCCUCCACACAUCCGCCAGUCUGCAUUUUUACCGCGGCGAAGCAACGCAAGCCCGCGUCCGAAUUUCCUCACUCAUCUCUUGUCUCGCAUCCAACCGCGCACUCAUCCCUGCCAGCACCUGCAUCAUCGUGAAGAGUCUGCAGGAAGUGUCUGGGGCGCGGCCCGAGCUGAGAUCCACCGGGCAAGAUGGCUGUGGACGGAGGCCUGGCGAGCCAGUACCAAGUGCUUGAGGAACUUGGGCAGGGCAGUUUCGGUGUCGUCUAUAAGGCCAUCGACAGGGCGACGGGCGAGACAGUUGCGAUCAAGCAUAUUGACCUGGAGUCAAGCGAAGAUGACAUUCAGGAGAUCCAGCAGGAGAUCUCGGUGCUGAGCACCUGCGCCAGCUCCUUCGUCACCCAGUACAAAGCAAGCUUCUUGCGGGGGCACAAACUAUGGAUCGUCAUGGAGUUUCUUGGAGGUGGCUCAUGUCUCGAUCUGCUGAAACCUGGCAACUUUUCCGAAGGCCACACCGCCAUCGUGUGCCGCGAGCUCCUCCGCGGGCUCGAAUACCUGCAUGCCGAGGGGAAAAUCCACCGCGACAUCAAGGCAGCCAACGUGCUGUUGUCGGACCAGGGCAGCGUCAAGCUGGCCGACUUCGGAGUCGCCGCCCAGUUGACCAACAUCAAGUCGCAGCGAAACACCUUCGUUGGCACCCCAUUCUGGAUGGCCCCUGAAGUUAUUCAGCAGGCUGGCUAUGACUUCAAGGCCGACAUUUGGUCGCUUGGCAUCACCGCAAUGGAGCUGGCCAUGGGCGAGCCCCCCAAUUCGGACCUCCACCCCAUGAAGGCCCUCUUCGAGAUCCCGAAGAAGGCUCCCCCGCGUCUGGAGGGCAACUACAGCAAGGAAUUCAAGGAUUUCGUCGCGCAGUGCCUCGUCAAGGACCCGGAGCGAAGGCCAACUGCGAAAGAGCUUCUGAAACACAAGUUUAUCCGGCUUGCCGGCAAGAUUGAGGCCAUGCAGGAGCUCAUCGAGCGGAGGCAGGCAUACGACGCGCAGAACAACCGCAAGUCCCACCCCGUCUACUACCAGGAGACCCUUCAGUCCAUCCCACCAAGGGACGACUCGGACGAGUGGGUAUUCGACACGGUCAGGUCCGUCGCGCCUAAGAAGGCGACGGUCCGGCAGCGUAAGAUAUCAUCUGUGUGGGCAGCAGAAGACUCGAUGCGACGCCUCGACAUCAAGGACGGUCCUUUGCAGCCUUCGUCUCCGGGUGCUCCGACAGGAACGGUGAGGCGCAAUGUCGUCAAGCGCCAGUCGUCGUCAGCGUCUCAAUACCCCUCCAUGAACCAUUCACCACAUUCAUCCAUCAUCGUACACAAGCGUCCUCUGCAGCCGGACCUGUCAUUUGGAAAUAGCGGUUCCACAAUGCGCCUGUUCCGCCGCGUGCCCUCGGACGGCUCCAUCCCAGACAUCGCCACCGAUUCCAUCAACUGUGGCAGCAACAACGAGAACCUGCCCCCCUCCAUGGCCUCCGGGCCGGUCGAGCCCAGCACCAAAGAGGGCGUGCUCGGCAGGCGGCUCUACAACAAGGCCAUGGAGCCAACCAUGGCCGAGCUGCAUGCCCAAACCUCGACACUGCAGAAGCGCUCGGCGCUCGCCAACCUCGCAGACGCCCUGUCCUACCUCGACGCCGUUGACCCGGACGGCAUGCUCCACUUCCUGCGCAGCAUCAACGCGGCCGCCGCCCAGGACCCAAAGCUCGCCGCCGCCGUCCUGCCCGCCACCCCGCAGCCCAAGGCCCUCCAGCACGCGCGCGACGGCACACCCUCCUCGUCGACCCGGCCGUCGUCGCAGCACAGCGCCGUCAGCAACCCGAGCAGCGCCAGCACCAGCCCCACCAAGCUGCAGCUCAGCGGCGCCAACCCACACCUGCGGAGUCAGAGGCGGCGGCAGAAUAGUAGCCUCGCCCCCUCGGCUCUGGCCCUGACCGGUGACGCCCAGCAGCCCGCCGCGUCCUCGCCCGCCGGCAGCCCGACCAAGAUGUCGGCGCUCGACCGCGAGAGGAUGCAUGACCUGCAGAGGGCCACGCUCCGCUCGCGCGGCCUGCCGGGCGGGGGCAAGGACCCCAGGCCCGGCAUGGAGCACUACAAGCAGCUCUCGGACGUGCUUUAUGGUCGCUGGGCGCAGGGCCUGGCCACGCGCUUUCCGGCCUCGAAGCCUCAGCAAGACGACACAUGAGACUGGUCGAUGUGGUGAUUCUGCUUUUUUUUUUUGGGGAGGUACCGAAACUUCUUGGCUACAUGCCUCGGCCGCCACUGUGCAAGAAGCUCAACGGGGUGUAUCAACAGGACGGCACUCGGCCAAGGCCACAAUGGGCUUGCCGAGUGCCAUUUACCAAACUGCAGCGACGUCCAAGCGAGCGCAUAAUAUCUGCCACCUUGCCACUUGGCGCAUAGAGUCGAGGUUGUCUACUCUGCGAUGCCUUGGUUGUCAUUUGGUUUUUUCAGCGCUUCUUUUUUCCGGGAUUUUCUGGCUUUCUGCUCCCAUUUUCAUGUCCUUUUUUUCAUUGCUGUCUCUCAUGACGCUGAAGACGCAAUGAUUCCACGGUUGUCCUUUUGCUUUGAUCAUCUCCGUCGGUCAACUAAUGUGCGUCAUGUCAGAGGGGGGGAUCUCUGGGGCUGGGAAAGGGGAAAGAUACCGAUCAAAAGGGUUUUUGAUUUCUCUGCGUGGCGUUCUUCCUUCCCUAUUUGUACAAUUUCCUUGCUUUCCUAUUUGGCCAUUUCUUCUUGGCUUUGUUCAGAUAGCUGAAACAGAGGUCCUGCUUGGGCCAGCAUUUUCCUCACGGCAUACCUGCUCAUGUGCUUCCAU